GGCCCGUAACUCGUCUGACAUCAUUCUAUAAAUAGAAACACCCAAAAUUUAGUCUUUUUCUGUGGGAGUUUUGGAGACGUUUUAGAGUUAAUGAGGUUUGGACAUAAAGAGCAAUGCCAUUUUUGUAGUAAAGAACCAAUGAAAGUUGAUAAUGAGUGGUAGUAAAGUGGAUGUGAAGGUUGUUUUAUUGGGGAAAUCGUACGCUGGUAAAACAUGUUUAGUAGAGAGGUAUAUACAUGAACGUUAUACUGGAGAUACAGUCCCUUAUCAUAAUACAAUAGGUGCAGCUUUUGGUGCUAAGAAAGUCACAGUAAAUGGAAAGUCAGUAGUGCUUGGUAUUUGGGAUACAGCUGGUAGUGAGAGGUAUGAAUCAAUGAGUAGAAUUUAUUAUAGAAAUGCCAAGGCUGCAGUGUUAUGUUUUGAUCUAACAGAUAAAUCUAGUUUUGACAGAGUUCGAUUCUGGAUUGGUGAACUACAGGAUCAUGAAGAGAAUUGUAAAAUAUAUUUAUGUGGUACAAAGAAAGACAUCGUUGAUGAUGAUUCUUCCCAUCGUUCUGUAAAUGAAAGAGAGGCUCAAGCAUUAGCAACAGAUGUAAUGGCAGAAUUAUACGAAACAUCCAGUAAAACUGGGGAAAAUAUACGUGAAUUAUUUACAAAAGUAGCUCAAGAUUAUUUAGAGAAUUUAAAACCAGAAGAAAAAGCAGAUUCAUUUAAUUUAGAAGAGAAGAAAGGGAAAUUCCCAUGUGCUUGUAAAGAAUCUUAAUGUACAUGUAGGCCUAUUGUUUUUUUUUUUUGCUUUUUUUGGAUUACAACAUGGCUUUUGAUUAUAUUAUUAAUCUACAGAUAAUUGUCAUUUCUUUCUUUAAUGGUUACAAAUGUUUGCUUGUUAUGCUGGCCAUUAAGGAAUUCUUUCACAAAAAUACGGCUUUGUAUAAUGUGUAUUGAUUAACGAUAGCUUCUUGAAUAUGUCCAAGUAUGUGUUUAUAUUUUAAGGAAUUGUAACAAUGGCUAUUAGCAAAUCUGCUGAUCUACCAGUUUGAAAUCAUGUGAUAUCACAAAUUCUUAUAU